GGCCAGGAUUGCUUGGACAAGGUCAUCCUGCAGCGCGCGGCGCCUGCGAAUGAUUGCGUCGUAAACGACCCUCGAGGAGACUGUCAGCCCAUCGACUCCGAGAAUCCUGGGCGUUGGUACCUUCCUCCUCGAGGGGCGAAUCCGCCUGCAGGGGCCUCCUGGGCCUCCGGUCUCCCGUCUGUGACCGAGGUCCACACCAUGAAGUAUGUCAUUCCUGCAGACUUCUCGUGCCAGAAGUGUACGCUGCAGUGGUACUAUGCUACUGCCAACAGCUGUCUUCCCGAUAAUUCCUACAGGACAUACUUCAAGGGACUCCAGAGCUUGGGCUGGAACUCUGCCAGCUGGAGUGCAUGGGCUGUUGCGAGCUGGGCGACCUGUGAUGCCGCCUGCUGUGGCCCCGAAGGGCGAGGAAGCUUCGGCGAGGAGUUCUGGAAUUGUGCCGACAUCGUAGUCCUGGAAGGGAGCGGGCCUGUUCCGUCGACAUCUCCUUCACCUUCUCCAUCCCCUGUGUCAACUAGUCAGGUCGUGCCCACGACCACAACCAUUCCGACUGGACCAUGCUCAGCAGUCUAUGAACAAUGCGGCGGCAACAACCACAACGGUCCAAAGUGCUGUCAAUCAGGCUCAUAUUGCAAGUUUUCGAACGAGUGGUACUCGCAGUGCCUCCCUGGUACGGAUCCCACGCCUCCAUCCCCCACCCCUGCUCCACCAACACCAGUGACCACGGCAGCACCUGUCACGACGUCCGAUGUCACGACAAGCAGACCCAGCCAGUGCUCCUGUACGCCCAGUACUUCCUGGGAAGGAUCCUUUGACCGGUUUGCUGCUUCUCUCGGAGGAGAUGCUGAUUUCUGUGGCCAGAACUUCGGCGGUUCUGGGCCAUACAUUUCCGCAGGAGGUGGCUCUGAUGGCGGCGGUGGCUGGAGUGGAAAUGCGCCCUGUAUGUCUGGACAGUAUAGCUUCAGCGAAGACGGCUGGAAGAUCACUGCUUCUGCUAGUCAGGCCGCGAGCAAGGUUCCGUACCGGGCCUUCACCUACUUGAACUUCUGUGGUGGCAGCGCGUACAGCAGCUGCUGGUCCAGCGCUGCCAAUGUGUUCUCGUUCGCCUUUAAGACAUCUGGUGCAAGGGACAUGGGUGCUUUCGUGAAGCUCUUCUUCUGGACAGAUGCUGGGAACAUCUUGGGCCUGGUGCCUCCCGGGCACAGCAAAGGCGCUGGCAAGCUUCGCCUCGUCUCCUUCAUGUCUGACGACUUCCCGAACAACUGGCAGGACGAAGUAGAGGUGGAGGAUGGCGUCUGGUACCAUGUCAUGGUUACCUUCCGGCCUGCGACCAGGGCCGUCGAGUUGAAGCUGCAGGGUACCGACUUCAGCAGCGGCACCAUCCCGGUGGACAUGCUCGUGCUCUCGAACGGGCCCCAGCUGGGUAUCUACUCCUUCGACUAUUCUGGAUCAUGGCCAAGCGAUGGUUUCGCCCUCUGGAUAAAUCACCCCUGUGUGGGAGAAGCCAGAUGCACAUCGAGUACGGUCACCAGCACCAUGAGCCCAUCUCCGAGCACAACUCAGGGCACCACUCCUGCCGGCUGUUCCCUGCCGAGUGGCAUGGGAGCAGGCAUCCCCGUGGAUCGCCGCGGCUUCGCUUUCCAGCACGGCAAGCUCACGCUCUCCGGUCCUCAGCUGGUCAAUCUCAGGGGUGAUUCUGUGCAACUGAAGGGCAUGUCAACUCACGGACUGCAUUGGUUUCCGGAGUGCUACGAGAAGAGCAUGCUGGAGCACCUGGUCUCCAGCUGGGGCAUCACCGUGUUCAGAGCGGCCAUGUACAUCGGUGAGGGUGGAUAUGCCUCGGACAACUCAGUCGCACAGCUGGUGGACGAGAUCGUUGCUUGGGGUGAGGAGUUCGGAGUCUAUAUCAUCAUCGACUGGCAUGUCUUGACGCCCGGAGAUCCGAACCACUGGCUGACCGGUGCGGGUGCAUCUCAAGCAGAUGCUGCGGCUUACUGGCGUGAGACAGCCCUGAAGUACAAGAGCAAAACCCACGUUCUUUAUGAGAUCUGCAACGAGCCCAACGGUGUGGACUGGCCCGCCGUCAAGAUGUACGCCGACAGCAUCAUCUCUGUGAUCCGCGAGGUCGAUCCAGAGACAAUCAUCAUCGUUGGUACGCCAACCUGGAGUCAGGAUAUCGACAAAGCUGCUGCAAACCCCGUCCAGAUGCCCUAUAAUGUCAUGUAUGCCUUCCACUUCUAUGCAGGGACGCACAGCUUUCUCCUUCCGCGCUUGCGCCAGUAUGCUUCGCAGAUUCCCAUCUUCGCCACGGAGUGGGGUACCAGCCAGGCGAACGGGGACGGCGGGCCCUACCUGCAGCAAGCCAAGGAGUUCUUGGAUCUUUUCGGCAACGGAGAGCUCGGGGUCACGGUGAGUUGGGCCCAGUGGAGCCUGGCAGACAAGGCGGAGGUCUCGGCUGCUCUCAGCAGUGGAAGCUGUGGAUCUGAUAGCUGGGACGGCGUGUCUUGCUCGGGCUUCUUCGUCCGAUCGUAUUUGAGAAUGCAUGCAGAAGAUCCCACCACAACUGGUCCCCCACCGACUUCGACAGUCACCGCGAAGCCCACCACCCAACCUGUCACAACAACCACCACUCCGAUGGGCACAACAACCUCUUCGACUGUGGUUCCAACAACUACCCAGACCCUGGUGGUAACGAUGGGUCCUCCCAUUGUGCGGGAUAUGCCUGCCGAAUGUGGCGGGUGGUGCCAGUAUAACGACAAUGAAUGGGCAACCAAGUGCAUGUGGAUUGGCUGCAGCUUGUGCGCAGGAUGUGGAAGUGUCACAACGACUCAUGCGGCCACGACGAUGACGUCUUCAUCGACUGUAGUCACAAGCACCGCGAGCACAACUAGGGUUGUCAGCACAAACGAGCCGACGACGACAACACUGGCAAGUACGGCUGCCCCUGUCACAACCGCAACCACCACCACCAUCAUGGCAGCAACGACUGCCCCAAGGGGCCCCUGUGCAGCACUGUAUGGCCAGUGUGGUGGCAAUAAUUACGCUGGACCAACCUGCUGUGAAUCUGGAUCCACUUGCACAUUCGGCAAUGACUACUACUCACAGUGCCUCCCUGGCUCCUCCCCUUCUCCAACACCUGCUCCUCCAACACCUGCCCCUCCAACACCGUCACCGUCUCCAUCACCGCCCUCUCCUCCCGGGCCUGUGGGCAGCAAUCCAUUCGAGGGACACCCCUGGUACGUGAACCCAUCUUACAGGGACUUGCUGUCCACGUCGAUCAAUCUGACGAGUGGUGGGGUGCGGGCGACCUUAGAGUCCAUGCAGAACGUGCCCUCGGCCUUCUGGAUUGACGUGAAGUCCAAGAUCUAUAAGGGACAGGGCCACCCGGAUCACAGCACGGUGGAAGGGAUUCUGGAAGACGCCGCAAGCUGCUCACCUCCCAGCCUUGUGGUGCUCAUCGUUUACGACCUUCCCAACAGAGACUGCUUUGCGCUAGCUUCAAACGGAGAAAUCUGCUGCCACUAUGGUGAAGACAAGGGCCGAACUAAGUGCGACAUGUCGACUUCGGGACCGAAUGCUGGCUUCUACCGGGAGGUGGCCGGAGCCAACUGUGCCGAUGGCCUCGCCGAGUACAAAUCGACCUACAUCGACCCUUUCGCGGAGGUCGUCGGGCGCUUUGCCGACAGGGUGCCGGUGGUUCUGGUGAUUGAACCUGACUCCUUGCCCAACCUGGUCACCAACAUGAAGGACAAGAGGCCUGACAACUUCCGUGGUUGUCACGACGAGACGAAGGUGGCUUAUGAGGAAGGUAUCCGCUACGCCGUCGAGAAGCUCUCCGUGACCGGGGCACAGCUGUACGUGGAUGCCGGGCACGGGGGUUGGCUGGGAUGGGCCAACAGCAACGAUGACCAAACCGGAAAGUUCGCCAACAUCAUCGCCAACAUGCAGAUUGCUGACAAGGUUCGUGGCUUCGCCACAAACGUUGCAAAUUACCAGCCCUUGGGGAGUGUGGUCUGCUCGGAGCCAGGUAAGUGCAAGGGCCAGAUGAGCAGCGACCCGUGUUGUGCCGAUGACCCCUGCAACCUGCAAAAGGAUUGGAACUGGGCGCACAACGAACUCAACUAUGUGGAUGUCCUGGACUACAAGAUGCGAGCAGCCAUUCCUGGCUUCACUCCAUCCUUCAUCAUCGACACUGGCCGUAACGGCAAGCCGAACACGCGCAGCGACUGUGGCAACUGGUGCAACGCCAGAGGUGCGGGUAUCGGUCGUGUUCCAACGACAGCCACUCCAGAUGCCCGAAUCGAUGCAUACUUCUGGCUGAAGACUCCCGGCGAAUCUGAUGGCUGCACGGAGGUUCUUCCAGAUGGUACGAAUUGCCCUCGGUUUGAUGAGAUGUGUGCGUCUGUGGACUCGUUGGGUAGCAGGAAUGGAGAACCACGCGCCCCUGAGGCAGGACUCUGGUACCACUAUCAGAUCGCGAUGCUGGCAGAGAAUGCAGACAUGGGUGAUGCCUCUGCCUUUAAUGUUGCAGGGAGCUGUGGAAGUGUCACAGGCUCUCCACAAGUCACGAUUCUGACCGAUGCAUCUGUACGGAGUUCAGGGCUGGUGGCUCGACUUGGCUGGCGCACCUCAAGUUCGCAUGCCUUGAACCAGGGAGUCACAAUGCUGGCACUGAAUACCCGCCAUGCCCGCAUGUUGCUCAUAACUGACAACACGACGGAGGGCUUUGAGGGCAAGGACGGCGGUGUGGAUCGUGCAUGCCGUGGUGGAAGCAGAACCGACAAUGCGCCAAGCAACUACGAGAUUCACGCUGCGGCCACUUUGGAUGAGUGCAAGGCGGUCUGCAUGUCCGUCGAGGGAUGCAGGGGCAUUGAGUACAGUAGCGGCCGGUGUGAAGUGUGGACACGUGCAGGCGGCAUCCAAGCCACUAUCGAGCUCGCCGGCUUCAGCUGCUACACAUACGGAGAAAUGGCAGUGGAUGAUGGGUUCACUCCUGCCGAUGGUGGCGUUGAUCGCGCAUGCCGAGGUGGAAGCAAAACCGACAAUUCUCCCAACAAUUACGAAAUACAUACUGCUGGCAGUUUGGACGAAUGUAAGGCGAUCUGCAUAUCGAUAGAGAGCUGCAAGGGCAUUGAGUACAGUCGGGGUCGAUGCGAGGUGUGGACACGGCCGGGCGGUAUCCAGGCAACCAUUGAGCUUGCUGGCUUCAGCUGCCACCUUUACGAAGGAAUGGCAGUAAGGGGAGAGUUUUCGCCCGUGGAAGGCGGUGUGGAUCGUGCAUGCCGUGGUGGAAGCAGAACCGACAAUGCGCCAAGCAACUACGAGAUUCACGCUGCGGCCACUUUGGAUGAGUGCAAGGCGGUCUGCAUGUCCGUCGAGGGAUGCAGGGGCAUUGAGUACAGUAGCGGCCGGUGUGAAGUGUGGACACGUGCAGGCGGCAUCCAAGCCACUAUCGAGCUCGCCGGCUUCAGCUGCUACACAUACAGACCAAACCCUACCGCGAUGGCAAAGUGUGUCGAGAUGAGUGACAUGUCUGCUGCCGUGUCGGUCUCCACGAUUCCACUUCCCUCUCCACGGCACAACCAGUGCUCCAACUUCGGAGUUGCGUUGUCAUGCCGUCAUGUGCACUAUGCAGCUGCUGCGGACAAGGAUUUGCAGGCCGUGCUUUACAAUGAUGAUGCAGGGAAACCUUACUUGCUGCUGGUGGAGGGAGAUACCAUCCUUGCCUCUCAACCACUUGCAUCUUCGCCUGGACCCUACCCCGUGUCUUUGGAGGUGCGAGGCCUGGACUUCGAACCUGCUGCUGACUAUCUCGUGGUUCUCCUCUCCGGUGGCAGUGCAUAUGACAGCCCCAGCUUGUUCAAGCCUCUUGCUGGCAGGAAAUUUUCGGUGCCCGGCCUCCAGGAGGUCUGGAGUGCACCGAUUCGCGAUCCUCAGGUAGAUCUGCCGCUAGGUGGGAUGACAGUGGUCCUUGAUGCGAGCGGACAGCAGCGCUCAUAUUCUGGCGAUGCCUGGACCUCGCAUUCCUGCAAGCAGAUGGCGGCCUACAGCGCCACUUGCUCAGCUCAACAGCACUCGGCUGGGGCAGCGAAGAGCCCAAGCCUGGAUGAGGCCGUCUCCGACACAUUCCUGCUUGCAACGGCCGGGGAUGCAUAUCCCGACAAGCGACAGCCUCAACUCUUCGGGGGUAAGCAGCCGCACAGACGACGCCUUGUCGCAGACUGCCAGCUUCCAAAGCUGGGGCGUGGACUUUCCGACAAGCUUUACUUCGCCACCUUCUCUGCCAACGGAAGUUUUCUGACUAGUCCUCGGCGCCUCUUUGACGAUUCUGGUUCGGAGAUUGGGGGCAACCUGGUCCCACUUGCAGAUGGCAACUGGCUCGUGGCAUACACCAAGUCGGACUCGGAUGUCAUCUCUGACUACUUGAGGUUGGGCCUCAGUGGAUGCAAGUGGCCAGACUUUGCGCAUCGCUCACCUCAAGCCGAAGGAGGCGGUGGUCAAGAAGCCUGUCGUCUCUCGCAAGAGGCUGUCCAGGCAUCUCCGGAUUCUCGGCCGGGUGAAGUCGCCGCAGCCAAGCCUGGUGAUGUCAAGUGCCACCGCGUGCUGGUGGACUUCGUUCCCCACAGUAGGGAUUAUGGUGAGAUGCCCAUCUCAGCAGGCGAAGAGGUCACAAUUCGCUACCCACCUUCCGAGGACUGGAUUUUUGGUUGGAAAGACUGGCCGGAGCACGAUGAGGGGUGGAUUCCGGCACAGUGCCUGGGCAUCGGCAUCAGCCUGGACGAAGACGAUGUACAGGCGGCUGAAGACAGGCGCACCGGUUCGUCACAGCCGAGCAGCGCAAUGCCAACGCUGCCAAACGAGGCGGGCAAGAAGCAUGGUCGCGACGUCUUUGUCUAUGCUGAUGGCGCCGUGUUCAAAGCCGAUUGGCAGGAGGAUGCUCUAGAUGGGGUGUCUGUCCAGAACAUGCCGCCCAGUUCGGGAAAGAGCCCAGUCGAAGCCAAGGAGGAGAAGGAGGAUGCUGAGAAAUGGCAUCAGCAUGGCAACUGGUGGAGCAAACAGCGACAUCUGAAGACCGCUCAGGAAACCAACGAGGCUCCACGGCGGCCGGCCAAUCCCGAUCAGUUCAACGCCCGCAUAGCGGCGCGUGCACUUGCGGCAGAGGAACUCGUCCCCGCUUUCGCAGCCUGCUAUUCAGCAUCUUGUGCCACCUUUCCUUUGAAGCACACGCUGCCUCGUUUCAAGUUGUGGGAAUUGAAUGUGAAGGCCAUGGGCAAGGGAAAGUUCACGAUCGACAAGUCCCUGGAGGCCAACAUGCAUCAGUACCAGAUCGUUGGCCGCGCCGCUCCCACCCCGAAGAACCCAACGCCGAAGAUUUACCGCAUGAGGAUUUUCGCUCGUAACGUGGUGCUGGCAAAGUCCCGCUUCUGGUACUUCAUGAAGAGGCUCAACAAGGCCAAGAAGAGUGGCGGCGAGCUGCUGUCUGUGAACGAGCUGCACGACACUUCCCCCACUAAGGUGAAGAACUAUGGCAUCUGGCUGCGCUAUGACAGUCGCACCAACACCCACAACAUGUACAAGGAGUUCCGCAAUGUGAACAUCAAUGGUGCCGUCGGGCAGCUGUAUCAGGAGAUGGCCGGCCGACACCGGGCGGACCCUGGAUCCAUUCAGAUUAUCCAUGCCACCACCAUCCCCGAUGACAAGUGCCGCCGUGAGCAUGUGCUGGAGAUGCACGACCGUAAGCUCAAGUUCCCCGUGAUCAGGAAAAUCCCUCACGCAGCCAAGAAGCUUCGCACUACCUUCAAGGCCAAGCGCCCUCAGACCUUCGUGAAGUGA